UCUACCCGACCGAAGCAGAUUGACGGUCCUGACAGCCCAGUCUUAUUUCUCAGCACGAAAAUGGCUGAGUUGUGAGCGUCCUUCUUUUAGCAAUAUUUCCGGUCGAUUUCAAUGGUUCCUUCUACACGCGACCGAUUUAUUGAACGUUCCGUGCUCCGUAGCUGGUGGACGCAUUCCUCCCCACCCCCGUCCGCGCAUCGUUGCCGAUAGGUUGCCUACCUGCCGAAUGUAAUUGAAUGUAACAAAAAGGCAGACGAGCGUACACGGUUUGCGAACGGGGAAGAGAAAAUCGAGCCAAUCGAAAAUACUGCAUAGCAGAUAAAGCAGGAAGCUGGCUGGGUGAUAGCAGUAAGCCUAAACUCCAGAGCAGCAACUGUGAAAGGACACACACAUGCCGUGCAGAUUCCGUGCCACAAAUGGUUCACACAUUUGGAACGCUGGUUGCAAUAGGGAAGGAUUGCAAUAGACGGGAAAGUAGUGCCUGUUAACCUGUUAAGUAUCAUCUUCUUGUUGAGCAAACUUCGCACACAUCAACGGAACGCGCCGAACCGCAAUCGCACCAUAAGCGAUCAUCUAUCAAAGCCUAGAGUGGCCUUCCCGUUUUUUAUUUCUUUGUUGUGAAAAUUAGCAACAACGAAAACGAGAGCAAUAUUAAGGGACAAUCAAAGCCGACGAAAAAAAAAAUAUCAGACUAGCGUUAUAGCCCGGCCGAAGGGGAAAGUGCAAAUUGACGAAUACACCGGCGCAGCAUAGAGCACUCUACACAGUCCAGUGAAUCAAUAACGAUUGUUGCCACUUGAUGCAUAGCACCUCUCAAGGAGGUAGUAUGGCUGCUACUCUGCUACAGCAGAAAACCUUCAUGAACGGCCUGACAGGCGGUUCCAGCAAUGCCGGUGCGCCGGAUGGAAGUGCCAGCAGUACGGCAGUGACGAGCACCGGCACACCAACAGCUCUAGUGGGCACACCAUCCUCAGGAAGUGGUGUCGGUAUUGUGAAAACGUUCCUGCCCGUUUCAAAAACGCUCAUUCAUCACCUGCUGCCUAAUCACACACUGCAAACAGACCAUCACAAUGCACCCGGUGGUACGCUGUUGCAUCGCGGCAACAAUACCACCGGUGCGUUUGUCGUUGUAGCGUCACCGACGCUCGAUAACAUUAGCAACAAUCAUCACAGAACUGAACAAUAUCGAACAAAUCGUGGUACGUCUAGUGUAAGUACAUUUAACAUUCUAACACCGAGCGGAUGUGAUGAUCCGCCCGCUAGUGCGCUGGAUGAGAUCUUCAGUCCGCUACCUCGCCAGCUGGAAUCGACCGCACAGCCGUUGGAAAUCGCGACCGAUUGUGUGUGGGAUGCAAUUGAUCCUCCGGUCACUACGCCAGCGGCUGUUGGACAGUGUCAGCAACCCACCACCACACCAACCAAUCAUGCCUCAAUCAACACGCAGCACGCGUUGAACAGUUUUCACGCCGAUUUGCGUAAUGUCGAUGAACGGGAAACGCAUCGUACGGUGGUACCGGAUGGAUCUACUACCAGUGAAACGGUAGCCACUGUACAGAUGGAACAUACCGAAACAAAGAACGAACCGUUGCCAACCGUGGUGGAAACUGGCGAAGAACAGGAUGCCGAACCGGAGCCGGAAAUUGAUAUCGUAAUCAACAAUGUCGUUUGCUCCUUUAGCGUUCGGUGCCAUCUAAACCUGCACGAUAUCGCACUGAACGGUGAUAAUGUUGAGUUUCGGCGUGAAAACGGUAUGGUGACGAUGAAACUGCGUCGCCCCUACACGACCGCUUCAAUCUGGUCGUCGGGCAAAAUCACCUGUACCGGCGCGACUUCGGAAGAUCAGGCCAAAGUGGCAGCACGUCGCUACUCGCGUUGUCUGCAAAAGCUCGGCUUCAAUGUGCGGCUGCGGAACUUUCGCAUCGUAAACGUACUCGGCACCUGUGCCAUGCCGUGGGGUAUCAAAAUCGUCAACUUCUCGGAGAAGUACAAACAGGACGCUAGUUACGAGCCGGAACUGCAUCCCGGCGUUACGUACAAGCUGCAUUCGCCACGUGCCACGCUGAAAAUAUUUUCCACUGGAAGUAUCACCGUUACCGCUGCCAGUGUGGCCUACGUGCAAGCUGCAAUAGAGCACAUCUUCCCGCUGGUGUACGAGUUUCGCAAGAAGCGCACUCCGCACGAACGGCUCGAACUGCUCAAGCAGCCGCCCACCUUCGAUCCGCAGGACUUCGAUGUGCCGGAGGAUUGUGAUCUCGAUCCUGCCGGUGCUGUGAACGGACCUUUGGAGGAUGAACCUUUGGAGGUGCUUGCGCCGGCGGAGGAUUACGAAAUGCAGGAGGAGGAAACUGCUGCAAACCGAAACGGUAACACCAAAGCAAUAGACAAAAGCAAUAGUAUUAGGGCAGAAUGUGCUGCAAAGGGAGGACAACGUUUUGUGCACUAAAGCUGCGGAAAGCUCGGUCCUCUCUUCCCCCCUUUUUCGUAACCGUAUCACCAUGGGAUCAUUAUUCUAUCGAAUGCUCAGUGACGCGGUUCACUCCUCACAACUAGUCGCGUUCACGAAAUCCAUUAAUAUAUAGUAAUAAACUUUAUCUCGGAUCUUCCAUUGCACACAACACCCACCCUUCGAUAAAACAAAACUAUACCGUAACAUUUUUAUCUCUCUUUCACUCUGAUUCUCUCUUAUCUCUUACCUUUAUCCUUGUUACAUACUCAAGAUGCUUUAGCCUGAACGGUUGAGCCUUAAAGCAAUGGAGCUUUUUUCAGUUUUUUUUAAUUUUUCCUCUAAACUAACACACAAAUGAUGGAAAACAUAAAUUGACCAUUUACCAGCCUAGAUAUAUUUGGUCAAAAUUAUGUUGUUUUUUUUUCCUCCCCCUUUACACGCCCCCUGUUGGUGUGCUUCAUCAAUAUUUCCCUACUUAGUUUAUCUUGUAUUUAUAAACAAUAUAGAACAAAUUUGAAUGAGUUGAGUUGCAGUGUAAUAGCUGCAACUAGAGUUGAGUUUCCACUCUGUUUCUACUGUUGGAACCAAUUGUUUAAGUAAACCAAUUAAUAAGAUACAGUGUUUCUUACGAAAGGCUACACUGCCAUUGCCUUUUGCCGGUGAACAGCUGGCAUCAGUCUGUACUAAUUUUUAUAAUCCCCCCCGCUUUAUAUACUCAUAGGUGCGAUAUUAACGAAUAUUUACGUUAAGCUUUGUAUAGACGAUAGACUUUUUCGCGCACUUUUCGUUUUUACUAUUUGCCGUGAGAUUAGGAAUUUGCAGUGGGUGUGCGUACAGCUUAGAAUUGUUUUUUUUCUUUAAAAAAAAACAAAUGUUCACCUUUCAAUUUUAACCGGUAACAGUAAUAUGGUUUUCAUUUAAGUAAUUAAAUUCUGUAUCUAACUGGAAAACAAAAUCACAAUUUUUUUGCCGUCAAGUCGUGUCAAGUUUUUGUGACUGGGGUUUCAGUUUGCAGGCCUACUGGUAUAAUUUUAGCAAGAAAAGAAAAAAAACAACACAAAUACACAAAUCUGCAGUGGAAUUAAUGAAAAACCGCGGACAAGCCUAUCAUCCGUACGAAGCCUUACAUUUAUAGCGCAGGAAGCAGUUCGAGCAGCGCAUCACAAACUGCCUGAGAAAGAGGUUUAACUAGUAGUGAGAAGAAGAGGGAAUAAUUUAGUUAUUAAAUAGAGCUUUUAAUGAUAAAUAGGCUUUAGCGUUACAAAAGUGCCCCUAGCGUAAGGUCGUACAAAGAAAAACCCCCCCUGUACAAACCGCAAACCAUUCCCUGGUUGCGCUUGUUCUGAUAUUCGCAAUGAAACAAAAGAAGAAAAAAAGCAAUAGCCGUAAACCGACAAACACAUCUUAGUUCCAGUAGGACUGUCAUCUUGUGUGGCACAAAUCCCUUAAUUCCACUGCGGCCUGAAAACGAAUCAAAUGAUUACCAAAUUGGGGAUUUACGUUUGAAAACAUGUACUCACAACAACAACAAAAAGGCCGUUUUAGGGCGGGUGAAGGAUAAAGUGUGUGUUAGAGAUAGGGACGAACUGGCGAUGUAGGUGCGAAGCGGCUCUGGUCAUUCACCGGUCAUUUAUAGCCAAGUACAUGACACCAGUAGAUCUGUUACGGCAAGAAAAAUGAAAACGAAAAAAAAACAUUAAGCGCGUGUUACAUCUUCCAAGUGAUUUAGUGAGGCCGUUAGUACCCGAACUGUUUCACAUUUCGUAGCUAAUUCGUUUUACUUUAGCAGAAUCAUAUGGAUAAGUCCAGUGUACUACGAUUUUCCAAAGCAAUGUCAACAGAGUUAUAAAUUCUAUUCCAAUCCUACGCAUGGUUUUUGUUAAAAUAUUUUACACCUUUUUUUUCAAUCGGUUGGCUUACAGUUAGGGUAAUUAGAGGGCAUUGUUGAGUAUUUAUCUUUAUUGUUUUAGUAGAGCGUUUUUUGUUUUUGUAGCACAAUAAUGGAUUAAGAAUUGCGUUAAGUACGCUGGGGUAUAGUCGCAGCAUAUCUCGCUUAAUUUACGUACGGAAGCGACUAGAAGACAACAUUGAAUAAAUAAGUGAAGAAAGAUACACACAAAAAACACACACAUUGUAACCAAACAAAACCAAGUGCUUGCAACGGGAAGGAGGGAAAGCGUUUAAAUAUAAGGCUCAUAAUCUCAGAAUGUUCCCUAAUGACGGAUCCACAGUACCCCGUAAGGCAGCAGCAGAACGCAACAAAAACGUGCUGUAGCGCUGAACUGAACUUAUAGACGAUAGUACCAAUAUCUAUAGCAGUAACAAAAAAAAAACAUUGAAUCGUUGUAUAUCAGACAGUGGCAAACUUCAGGCUGAGCUCUACCCUCAAAUGAGACACAGAUCACAAUCCGUAGUACUGUAGGCGUGAUGAAACCAAAGACUUACAUUUGUAUUAUGCACACAUCAAAAAGAAGGAAUGGAAAGGAAAAUCGAAGUGAAAGUCGCUCAUAGGAAAAUAAAAACGUGCUUGCGUUAGCUUUUGAGACGCAAUAUUUCUAAUGAGAAAAAUAA